AUGCAGUACACAUACCCAUACCCACACGCAACCAAGAACACGAUCCCAAUUGCACAUACGCACAGGAAGGGCCAGAAAAUUACGGUAAAGGGAAAAGACAAAGGGUUAACGAAACAAAGAAAGUCGCGCUUGGAAGUCACGGGACCCGGUAGUUCUCGCCGCACAGCCAUAAAGGAGGAGAAAGUCCUCGACCACGAGUAUUGGAGGGAGAACCACCUAUCGCCGGCCCUGAAGGUCACGUGUCCCCGGCAGCUCGCGGAGUCGGACGGCGAGGCGGCAGCACCAGCGACGUCCCUCAUCUGGAUGCCGGGAGGCCAGCCCGACGCCGUCCUCGCCACCUAUGCAGAUGGGCGGGUGGUGUCCUGGUGUGGGCGGAGCGUGGGCGUCGUGUGUAAGGAUGGCGGCGUGGACGUCAGGGCGGCGCUUGUGGGCGGGCUGGACAACCAGGUCGUGACCUUCACUCGAAGUCAGGUCAACAUUCGGGAUGUGAAUAGCCUCGGCUGUGUAACUACCAUGGAUCAAGAGAUGGGCGGCCACCUGAUCGGGCGGGGCGCUCUGUGGGCGGUAACAGGUCGCGGGCGGGAGAUUGUAGGAGGAGGCUGCGGUCUGACUUGGUGGGACGCCCGCACAGGGGCCUCCUCCCGCAGCGUGGGCGGGGUGCAAGUUCGCGGGCCCGCCCUCGCCUGGCACCCCAACGCUAAUAAAAUGGUCUCGGGCAGCUGGGGGGGCGGCGGAGACAGUGUCAAGGUGUGGGAGGCGUCGACGGCCAAGACGACGCACGUGCUGUAUUCCGACGCCGCCAACACUUCGGUGAGGCCUGUGUUUUCGAUCCGCGCGGGGACGCCCCUCGUGCUUAUGGCUCGCUGUUCAUGAGC